AUGAAAGUUUUGGACAAAUAUUCCAAACAAUUUGUGGGCAAAAGUGAUGUCAGGAUUCGUGCGAUUGAAUGGUCCCGAAGGCGGCGAAACACUUUGCGUGUCGUGUGGUUUGUGGUGAAUCGCAUCGAAGACAUGGCAUUGUUUAACGUUAUCAUCAGAACCGACGACAACCAGAUUCUGGUCAAUGAAACGCUUGAUUACAACGUCAGGGAAUACGCGGCCAAUGGUCUCAACGAUAGACAGGAAUAUAUCGUUUGCGUCAAUACAAUGGACUCUUUAGGCCGACAAAGACCUCAUACUUAUUCCCAAUGCAUUCAAUUCAAUGGCAAUAAUAUUAAUAUUGAGAAUUACGCGCCGCAGAUUGAACACUUAUCUAAAGGCGAUUCCAAUGAAGUGAAGACAUCGUUAACUCAAUUGCAAAACAGGAAACGACUGUUGACUCAAAAGUUGGUCAAAAUUCAAGCAAAAUCUCGUAAUUUGAAGCAAAAACUGGAUAAUCAACGGAUGAAGACAUCGCUUCUCAACGAUUCCAACCAUGAGUUGGAACAACACUUGUCUUCACUGAAGGCUGAGUCCAACGAAUUGAGUGAAAAGACGGCAACUCUUGAACAACAACUCACUGGAAGUCGUGAUUGUGUCCAACGAUUGAGACAACAAUUGGUUGAGAAACGCAAUCAACAGUUGAUUGUCGUGGAUCAGUUUAACGGAGAGAUCGACGAAAUGAGUAAAGGAUUCAUGCGUUUGUCAAUAAUUAACAAUCGUCGAGACAUUGAACACAGAAAGAAGGCAAUGGAUGGACAACUGAAACACUUCCGCCAGAGAAGAGAUGAGUUGUUGGAAGAGAUAAGAAAUCAUCACAACAGCCGUGUAUACCACGACUGGCCGAUCGAACACCAACUCCUCUCACUACGUGAUCGACAAGCGGUUCCCGAACUCAAAGAACACGACAAACGCGUGAAUAAUAGCCAUAACAAUGAAGAGUUCCAACCGGUGACCGACACCCCGAACGAAGAGCCGAUGAAUGGGACAGCAGUGGCCGCCGAUGACCAGCCAAUCGCUGGUAUCCCAAACGCCGGUACUUUAAACCCCGGACAACGAAUGUCUGUACGGAUCAGUUUGGGUGACAAUGUAGUGAAUGUCGUGGCGAACGUCAGACAAGAGAUGACAUCCAGACGUCUGGAAGACGGGUCAGUAGUGACGGCCAAUACCGGUAGAGUGCUUCUCUCACCCGUCUCUUUCACUGAAAUUGAUUGA